AUGAGAGUUAUUCUAAUCGGUGCUGGUAUAUCAAAUGCUUUGAUAUCUUUUUUACUUCGUCGUCAAUAUGGUCCUGCAAUAAAACUUAUUGUCUUCGAUAAAGACAAAAGCGUUGGUGGUCGAAUGACAACUAGUUGUGAUAGCGAAGGAAAUCAUCAUUGUUUUAUUGAUAUGGGUGCUCAAUAUUUAACAUUAACUAAAUCAAACAGUACAACAACAAAACUUUUUCAACAAUUAAUCGAUGAUCAUGUUAUUGAAUUACUUGAUAAACAAAAUACAAUUGGUAUGCGUGAAAAUCCAGAUAAAAUUGAUUAUAUGGCACCACGUGGAAUAGCAUCCGUCGUACGAUAUUUUUUUGAACAAGCAGUUGUUGAAAUCAAUCUUUCAAAACAUAUCACAAAAAUUGAUCUUGAUUCAACCAAUAAUAAAUGUGCAAUAUCAACUAAUGAAGAAAAAUUAGAUGAAGCUGAAGUUGUUAUUGUUACUGUUCCAGUACCACAAGUACUUACUCAAUUCAAAGGUUCCAUUGCUCAAUUAAUAGACGAUAAAAAAGAAGUCAAAGAUAAACUUGGUCAAGUUAAAUAUUCUAGUCGUUUUGCUGUUGGUCUUUAUUAUCCAACUUCAAUAAUAAAUCUCAAUAUUCCAUGGCGUAUCUAUUAUGUAGAUAAAAAUGAAAAUGAUUGUCUUCGUUAUCUUGCAAUAGAUAAUGCAAAACGAAAUAAAAAUGAACCACCUUUUUCUUUAAUUGCUCAUACAAAUGUUGAUUUUGGUGCAAAAUAUAUUGAAGCAGAUACAAGAGUUAUUGGAGAACAAAUUAAAGAAAAUAUCUUUCAAUUUUUACCUGAACUUCCACGUGAUAUUAAUAAUACAAAAUAUCAUAAAUGGAAAUAUUCACAAGUUAUUCAAUCGUAUCCAGAUACACCAGGUUAUGUUUUACUGAAUGAACAUCCUUUGUUAGUACUUGCUGGUGAUAGUUUUGCAGCUGAAUCGACAUUUGAAGGAUGUAUUGAAGCAGCAAUUGAAACAGCAAAAAAAAUUUGUGAACUAUUUAAUUAA